CCCUCUCUUACUUUUCCAUUUCUCUCUCUCUAUAUCUAUGCCUGAAAUUGCAAGUUUAUGAGUUUCCUUUUCUCUCUUUAAAGUUGGAUUGGGAAUGCGGUUUGUCUUUGAUGGAGGGCAUCGCUUCCAAGGCAAGUAAGGAAAGCUACGAUUACAAUUAACAAAUUCUAAUCUGUGUUUCCCACUGUUCGAAGAAGAUCCCCCUGUUCAAUUUCCUCCUUUUUGUUUGAAAAGCUCGGUUCUGCCUGCAAUGCUCCUCUGAUUUAGCUUUGUUCCAGGAUCCAUUGGAAGUGAUAAUGGCAUCCAGACAAGGUCCAAAGUCAAAAAAAUUGGGUCCUGUUAGUACAAGGGUUGCCAAAUCGCCGUCAUCUUCUACUACCUCAUCAUCAAAACAGUACCUGGAAACUUCUAUUGAUGGGCAGAGCUCUCCUGCAUCUUCUUCAGCUCGAAGUAAGCCACAGUAUUUUUACUCAGAAAAUGUGCACUUAGAUGUGGAAAGAUCCAAAGAAAAUGUCACAGUCACGGUUCGCUUUCGUCCGCUCAGUCCGAGGGAGAUUCGUCAAGGAGAGGAUAUUGCAUGGUAUGCAGAUGGUGAAACAAUUGUGCGGAAUGAGCAUAAUCCGACUACAGCAUAUGCUUACGAUCGAGUUUUUGGUCCUACAACAACUACUCGUCAUGUCUAUGAUAUUGCCGCUCAACAUGUUGUUAGUGGUGCUAUGGAGGGCGUUAAUGGUACAAUAUUUGCAUAUGGGGUGACAAGCAGUGGGAAGACUCACACCAUGCAUGGUGAUCAGAGGUCGCCAGGAAUAAUACCACUGGCUGUGAAGGAUGCAUUUAGCAUCAUCCAAGAGACUCCAAAUCGGGAGUUUCUUCUUCGGGUGUCAUACCUAGAAAUAUACAACGAGGUCGUUAAUGAUUUGUUGAAUCCUGCUGGACAAAAUCUAAGAAUCAGAGAGGAUGCUCAGGGCACCUUUGUGGAAGGAAUUAAGGAAGAAGUUGUACUAUCUCCAGCUCAUGCACUUUCACUUAUUGCAGCGGGGGAAGAACACAGACAUGUUGGGUCUACAAAUUUCAAUUUGUUAAGCAGCAGAAGCCAUACAAUAUUUACAUUGACGAUAGAGAGCAGUCCAUGUGGUGAAAGCAGUGAAGGAGAAGCUGUAAACCUGUCUCAACUGAACCUCAUCGAUCUGGCAGGUUCUGAGAGCUCAAAAGCUGAAACUACUGGUAUAAGGCGAAAAGAGGGAUCAUAUAUUAAUAAAAGCCUGCUAACUCUUGGAACAGUAAUAUCAAAGCUAACAGAUGGAAAGGCGAAUCAUAUACCAUAUCGAGACUCUAAACUUACCAGGCUUCUUCAGUCUUCACUUAGUGGUCAUGGGCGCGUGUCUCUUAUAUGCACAGUUACUCCAGCAUCAAGUAGUUCGGAAGAGACGCAUAAUACAUUGAAAUUUGCACAUCGAGCAAAACACAUUGAAAUUCAAGCAGCACAAAAUAAGAUUAUUGACGAGAAAUCACUGAUCAAGAAAUAUCAAAAUGAGAUUCGAUGUUUAAAGGAAGAGUUGGAUCAACUAAAGAGGGGUAUUAUGACCGUUCCUCAACUGAGAGAUUCUGAAGACGACAUUGUGCUCCUCAAGCAAAAGUUAGAAGAUGGUCAAUUCAAACUUCAGUCAAGAUUGGAACAGGAGGAAGAAGCAAAAGCUGCUUUAUUGGGCAGAAUUCAGCGUCUGACUAAGUUAAUUUUGGUUUCCACAAAGGCAUCACAAUCAUCACGGUUUCCUCACCGACCUGGUCUUAGGAGAAGGCAUUCUUUUGGGGAGGAGGAACUAGCUUACCUCCCAUACAAGAGGCGAGACUUAAUUUUAGAUGAUGAAAACAUUGAUGUGUAUGCUUCCAUUGAGAGCAAUAGUGAAGCCAAUGAGGAUAUGGUUAAGGAGGAGAAGAAGACCCGAAAGCAUGGCCUACUAAACUGGUUAAAAUUGCGGAAACGAGAUAGUGGCUUGGGAACUUUAACAAACACAAGUGAUAGGUCAAGUGGAAUGAAGUCAACAAGCAUUCCUUCGACACCUCGAGCUGAUCAGAAUAAUGUUCCGACAGAAUCCAGAUUAUCCCAUUCUUUACAAACAGAAAGCUCCCCAUCUGCAGAUCUCUUAUCCGACGCCAGAGAGGAGAAAGAAGCUCGUGAGGAAAAUAUUUUUGAUCCAGAGACACCUUUGACUAGCAUAAAAUCAAGCGAUCAGAUUGACCUUCUAAGGGAACAGCAAAAGAUUUUGUCUGGAGAGGUAGCACUUCAUUCAAGUGCUUUGAAGCGUUUGUCUGAUGAGGUUGCAAGAAACCCACAGAAAGACCAAAUUCAUUUUGAGAUGAAAAGGUUAAAAGAUGAUAUCAACGCCAAGAAUCAACAGAUAGCUUUUCUCGAAAAGAAAAUUGCAGAUGCUUCACCAAAUAAAAUGACAGACUUGGAAAUAAUGCAUGAAAUUGAUGAACUGACUGCACAGUUGAAUGAGAAGUCAUUUGAGCUUGAGGUUAAAGCUGCAGAUAACCGGAUCAUUCAGGAGCAGCUAAACCAAAAGAUCUCUGAAUGUGAAGGACUACAGGAAACUGUAACCUCCUUGAAGCAACAGCUAGCUGAUACACUUCAAUUGCAGAACGCACCGAAAGAUGAAAGAUUAGCCCAGGAGGUUGAUGAUCUGAAGCAUAAAUUGGCUGAACUAACGGAUUCAAAAGAGCAACUCGAGCUAAGAAACCAGAAACUUGCGGAGGAGAGUUCAUAUGCUAAGGGUCUAGCCUCAGCUGCAGCUGUUGAGCUCAAAGCCUUAUCAGAAGAAGUUGCCAAGCUCAUGAAUGAAAAUGAGAGACUAGCAUCUGAACUUGCUGCAUCCAAGAGCUCCCCUUCACAAAGAAAAUCUACUAUUGGGAUGCGGAAUGGCCGGAGAGAGGUUAUUUCAAAGCGCACAGACAUAGGUCCAUCUGCUGCAGAACUGAAGAGGGAUCUGGCAAUUAGUAAGGAGAGAGAACUUUCCUAUGAAGCUGCUCUUCUCGAAAAGGAUCAUAGAGAGGCCGAACUUCAUCGAAAGGUUGAGGAAUCAAAGCAGAGAGAAGCUUAUCUAGAAAAUGAACUUGCUAACAUGUGGGUUCUAGUUGCAAAAUUGAAAAAAUCACAUGGAAACGACACUGAUGAUCACUCCAAAAUAGACACGUUGCGGCUUGAUGAUGAAAGGUUGAUAUGAAGCAACUGUAAACAUCAUAGGUGGAAAUGAUCGACGAUGUUGCUGUUUGUGUGUGUGUGUGAGAGAGGGUGAGAGUGAAAGAGAGAGAGAGUGUGAGAUGUAAAAAAUGAAUUGUUCAGCGCCAUCAGAUUGGUGUAUUUGUGUAUAACAAGGUAGGGUUGCUUUCAUUCAUCAGAAAGAGAUGCUGUUUCUUUUGUUCUCUUCUUCAUUGCUUGUUUUAUGAGAAAGAAUUCAUUUUCAAUGUAAAUGUAGGCCUUGUCUUGAUAUGUGCUUCAUACAUGUUUGUUGAGUAUAUUCAGUCUGCCUUUUGGCUAAGGUUGUGGCUUUGCGUUUAAAGAUUUCUUGUACGGAAGGGGAUGGAAAUUAACAAUAAUAAGUUGAAACUAUGACCCAAAA